CCGGAUUUUCUGUUAUGGAGUCUCUCGAGUUAUAGCGUUUUAAUAGCGUGUGAUGUAUCAUUGUUAUUUUAUUAAUUAAUUAGUAAUGUGUUUGAGUUUUAAUUUAUAUUUUUUAGAUACGCUUUUAUUAAAAUCAAAAGAAGGUGUAAUAUAGUUUAAGUGUAUAAUUUUCUUUUUAUAUUUUUCCUUUUUAAAUGUCAGUUGCAAAUAUGUAAAUAUAAUAAAGUGUCUGAAAACAGGUAUUACGUCUUUUUUUAUUGAGCAAAUCACUUGAACAAAAUGAGUUUUAGCAGUGAUGAAGUAAAUUUUCUUGUGUACCGUUAUCUGCAAGAAUCAGGAUUCUCGCAUUCUGCAUAUACAUUUGGAAUUGAAAGUCACAUCAGUCAGUCCAAUAUUAAUGGUGCAUUAGUGCCACCAGCAGCUCUUCUGUCUAUCAUACAAAAGGGCCUGCAGUAUACAGAAGCUGAAAUAAGUAUAGGCGAGGAUGGAUCUGAAACUAUGAUAGAGUCUCUCUCUUUAAUUGAUGCUGUUAUGCCAGAUGUUGUUUUGUCAAGGCAGCAGCAAGCUCACAACACAAAGAAUGCUGUUGUGAAAAGUGAAACGUCAAAUGCUAAUGGAGAAGAUGGAGGAGCUAAUCAUACAGAAGGUAUGGAUGUUGAUGGAAGCAUUGAAAUUCCAAGCAGUCGAGCCACAAUAUUACGAGGCCAUGAAUCCGAAGUAUUCAUCUGUGCUUGGAAUCCUACAUCAGACUUACUGGCUUCUGGUUCAGGUGAUUCAACAGCUAGAAUAUGGAAUAUGAAUGAUAAUUCUGCUAACAAUAGUGGUAACCAAUUAGUAUUGAGACACUGUAUUCAAAAAGGUGGCACUGAAGUACCUAGUAACAAGGAUGUAACAUCUCUUGACUGGAAUUCUGAUGGUACUUUAUUAGCAACUGGUUCAUACGAUGGAUUUGCAAGAAUAUGGAUGACAGAUGGACGACUUGCAAGCACAUUGGGUCAGCAUAAAGGUCCCAUAUUUGCUUUGAAAUGGAAUAAAAAGGGGAAUUACAUUCUUAGUGCUGGAGUUGAUAAGACAACAAUUAUUUGGGAUGCAAGCACUGGACAAUGCACUCAACAGUUUGCUUUUCACAUUGCUCCUGCCUUGGAUGUUGACUGGCAGACUAAUACAAGUUUUGCAUCUUGUUCAACUGACCAGUGCAUUCAUGUUUGCAAAUUAGGUGUUGAUAAACCCAUAAAAACAUUCACUGGUCAUACUAAUGAAGUGAAUGCAAUAAAAUGGGAUCCUCAGGGUGUCUUGCUUGCUUCUUGUUCUGAUGACAUGUCAUUAAAGAUAUGGAACAUGAAGCAAGAUACAUGUGUUCAUGAUCUUCAAGCACACAAUAAAGAAAUAUACACCAUUAAAUGGAGUCCCACAGGUCCUGGAACUAACAAUCCCAACAUGAAUUUGAUAUUAGCAAGUGCUUCUUUUGACUCCACUGUUCGACUGUGGGAAGUAGAGCGUGGUGCCUGUCUAUAUACCCUUACAAAGCAUACAGAACCAGUAUAUAGUGUUGCCUUCAGUCCUGAUGGAAAAUAUCUAGCCAGUGGUUCUUUUGAUAAAUGUGUUCAUAUAUGGUCCACACAGACUGGCAGUUUAAUCCAUAGUUAUAAAGGAACAGGUGGCAUAUUUGAAGUUUGCUGGAAUUCUAGGGGAGAUAAAGUUGGUGCUAGUGCUUCAGAUGGAAGUGUAUUUGUGUUAGAUUUAAGGAAGCUGUAACAAUAAACAUUUGCAUGCAAGAUCACUUCAUCAAUUGAUCAUUGUCUUGAGAGCUUACAAGUCAACUGUCUAUCAUUAGUAGAAGGAAAUCUAUUAGUGUCUUUCUUGGAAUUACCAUGAUCUUGAUAUGGUGGUAGAUUUGUUUCUGGAAAGUGUGCCUAUGGAUUAUAUGUACAGCAAGAUUAUUGACUCACGUGCUUUAUUCAAAUUAUUCAUCUCAUCAUUUUUUAUAUAUGAAUUAGCAAUCACUGUAUUUUUUAAGCAUUUCCCUCAUCCGUAGAUUGUUUAUUAAAAAAAAAAAAGGUUUCCUGUCUUCGUGUAAAUGAUGUUUAAAAUAAACAUAUGGACUUUUAAAAUUUUCUUUGAACAUUAAAACAAUUAUUGCAUGUAUGGUGCAGAAGCUAUCAAGGUUAUAUUGUAAAAUGAAGAAAUAAAUGUAUAUUAUUUAUAAA